GCCCUGCGCACCCCGCCCCGCUCCGCACGGCCCGCGCGGGCCCGGUGGCGCCGGUAACGGGGGGCUCACGGACCGUACCGGCCCCAACCGCCCUCGGAGAGCAGAACAGCAACGCCUGAUGUGAGCCAGCCUCCUUGGCUGGCUCGUCCUUUAUGGAAAACGGGGAAAACCCUGCGGUUUUGCCCUUUGGGGCGUUUUCCGGCGGCUGGUGACGAAGCCGUGCCGUGCCGAGGUGGCGGAGCAUCACCAAGUCAGCGCAGGAAUUCAUCGGGACGGUGUUUCACCUUGAUCCCAGGGACCGCUGGUGCAUCAGGCGGAGGGUAAGAAGGAGCCAUGGUGUGCAUUCCCUGCAUCGUGAUCCCUGUUCUGCUCUGGGUCUACAAGAAGUUCGUGGAGCCCUACAUCUACCCCGUGAUCGCGCCCUUCAUCAAGCGCAUCUGGCCCAAGAGGGCUGUGCAGGAGCCAGACAACUCCAGGCAGGGGCCAGGAGGCAGCACUGGGGACCCUCAGGGACCUGCAGCCGCCAAAAGAGACUGGGAGGAUGAAUCUGGAAGCCAAAAAUCUGAAAGCAAUGGCAUUGCAAAUGGAAGUGCUGCAAAGAAUUCCACAGCAGUUGAUGACAAGAAAACAGCUUAAAGGAGUUAAUUCCUAAGGAUUUUACUCCCUCAUGUCCAGUAUGAACUGCUGAUAUUCCUCUCACUUUGAGACUUUUUUCUUUGCACAUUUUAGCUGAAUAAAAACUUUAUUGCUUGCAGGAGGAGGUCUCUUUUGUCACUAAAAUGGCAGCUGGCUCAUUUGUUUAUUUAAAAUAUUUGAAAGCUGAAGUUCUUUUUAUUUUCUUUGCUGGAACUACUUUUCAUCUACCAUCUGUUUGGUGUGAUUAGAGUUUAGGUUAAAUAAGAAUAAAUCUAUCUGUAGAAGGUAAAUGUAUCUUAGCAUCUUGAUGUCACUAAGUGCUAGUGCAGUACUUGAGGCUUUCACCUUAAAGGCUUUAUCUGUUCUUGGUGAAGAACUGUGGACUGCAUUGUGACAAAAGCUCAUAAUUUAUCUGUGAAGAAUUGAGAUUUUUCAUGUCAAAUCUGUGGAUGAGCUAAAGGAGUUAUACUAUAUACAGAAUUUACUUAGCUUACUAAAAGCAGAAAGUCUUGA